GGAGACUUGUAGUAAUAUGGGGGAGGUGGUGAAGGUGAUGGUGGGGGAGGUGACUUAUAAACAUAUGUAGGUGGAGGAGGGGGAGAUGGUGGUGGUGGGGAUUUGUAGACGUAAGGUGGGGGAGGUGAAGGUGAUGGUGGAGGUGGAGACUUAUAAACAUAGGGAGGUGGUGGUGAGGGAGAUGGUGGUGGUGGGGACUUGUAAACAUAGGGAGGUGGUGGUGAAGGAGAUGGUGGUGGUGGGGACUUAUAAACAUAAGGAGGUGGUGGUGAGGGAGAUGGAGGAGGUGGAGACUUGUAGACAUAGGGAGGUGGUGGUGAGGGAGAUGGUGGUGGUGGGGACUUAUAAACAUAGGGAGGUGGUGGUGAAGGAGAUGGUGGUGGUGGGGACUUAUAAACAUAGGGAGGUGGUGGUGAAGGAGAUGGUGGUGGUGGGGACUUGUAAACAUAGGGAGGUGGUGGUGAAGGAGAUGGUGGUGGUGGGGACUUAUAAACAUAGGGAGGUGGUGGUGAAGGAGAUGGUGGUGGUGGGGACUUAUAAACAUAAGGAGGUGGUGGUGAGGGAGAUGGAGGUGGUGGAGACUUGUAGACAUAGGGAGGUGGUGGUGAGGGAGAUGGUGGUGGUGGGGACUUGUAAACAUAGGGAGGAGGUGGUGAGGGAGAUGGUGGUGGUGGAGAUUUGUAGACAUAGGGAGGUGGUGGUGAGGGAGAUGGUGGAGGAGGGGACUUGUAAACAUAUGGCGGAGGUGGUGAAGGAGAGGGAGGGGGUGGUGACUUAUAAACAUAGGGAGGUGGUGGUGGGGACUUAUAAACAUAAGGAGGUGGUGGUGAGGGAGAUGGAGGAGGUGGAGACUUGUAGACAUAGGGAGGUGGUGGUGAGGGAGAUGUUGGUGGUGGGGACUUAUAAACAUAGGGAGGUGGUGGUGAAGGAGAUGGUGGUGGUGGGGACUUAUAAACAUAAGGAGGUGGUGGUGAGGGAGAUGGAGGUGGUGGAGACUUGUAGACAUAGGGAGGUGGUGGUGAGGGAGAUGGAGGAGGUGGAGACUUGUAGACAUAGGGAGGUGGUGGUGAGGGAGAUGGUGGUGGUGGGGACUUAUAAACAUAGGGAGGUGGUGGUGAAGGAGAUGGUGGUGGUGGGGACUUAUAAACAUAAGGAGGUGGUGGUGAGGGAGAUGGAGGUGGUGGAGACUUGUAGACAUAGGGAGGUGGUGGUGAGGGAGAUGGUGGUGGUGGGGACUUGUAAACAUAGGGAGGAGGUGGUGAGGGAGAUGGUGGUGGUGGAGAUUUGUAGACAUAGGGAGGUGGUAGUGAGGGAGAUGGUGGAGGAGGGGACUUGUAAACAUAUGGCGGAGGUGGUGAAGGAGAGGGAGGGGGUGGUGACUUAUAAACAUAGGGUGGAGGUGGAGAUUUGUAAUAAUAUGGAGGGAAUUUAUCUACAUAGGGAGGAGAUGGUGGUGAUGGUGAAGGUGGAGGUGAAGAUUGGUGGUAAUAAGGAGGUUUUUGGUAUUGAUAAGGUGGUGUCGGGUGUGGAUAGUAGUUGGAUGGCUGGGCAUAGUAAGGCUUAUCAUCGUCAGCAGCAACACUGAUAGCCAUAAGGCAAAAUGCAAAUGCAAGGAUCAGACGAGGCCAUUGCCUCGUUCCCAUCUUCUCUUCUUUGAAUGUGAAAACUUAGCGAUCUUCGUUUAGAACACUUAUUAUGCUUUUUUCCUUUCUUGCUUCCCAAACCAUGGAUUGGAGGCCUUUAUAUAGUUUUUGCCUUCGCUGAUGGCUGGGACUUAGAACAAAGUCAAGAAGAGAGUUGGUGAUGGCAUGGUUUAAUGAACUUUUGUUAGAUUUAACCAAAGAAUUUUGGAAGCGCGUCACGGCUGAGAAUGCUGAUUACUUCCUUUGCCUUUUGCAGAGGGCUGAUAAAGUCAAACGCAACACAUGCCAGAAUUCUUUGAGAUGUCUUUUAUUUAUGAUUGGCUUUGGUUUGUUUCUUCCCAAUUGCAAUUUUUUACGCUUAAAUCAUCGGUGUAGAUUCAGCUUAUAAGACAUCCUUUUGUAUAGCUUAACUAACAUGACUUGGUGAAAAUUAUAUAUAUGACUGAAGAAUAUUCUGAUUGUGGCUUAAAAGAAUAACUUAA